GUUAACGUAUACUUGUAUAGUGUAGAAAUCGAUGAAACGAAUAGAAUCGUGAUUAUUAUUGCUGUGGUUAGGUGAUUUUUAUUCUAUAGUGUAUGUGUAACAAUACGUGAAAAAGGAUAGCAGGAGGUGAGGAACGAGCCAGUCGCUGAAAAAACAUCAAGAGGUCUACAUCUUCUAGUAGUACAUCAGGUGUACACUUAAGAAAAUGGAUGACUGGAUGGAAAUUUCCAUAUACGUAAAUGACAUUACUCCACAAUGUCGUACCGUUCUAAUGGUGAUUAAUGAACUUAAGCUGAAGUUCGAUAUUCGUCAGAUUAGCCUGGAGAAGAAGGAACAUCUAUCAGAGGCAUUUUUAAAAAUAAAUCCUUUGCACACGAUUCCGGUGUUAAAAGAGAACGACUUUGUUCUUAUGGAUAGUCACGCUAUCGCUUGUUAUGUGAUUGAUGAUUUGUCAAAUUAUGAGUAUUCUCUAUACCCGAAAGAUCUGCAGAUACGAGCUCAGGUUAAUCAGUAUCUCAUAUUCGAAGCGGCGACAAUGUUCCCUCUUGUGAAACACACCUUGCUACCGAUAAUAUUGGGACAAGAGUCUACUAUCACCGAAGAAAAGUUGAACGGAUGUAAAGAAGCGUUCUCGUACUUGGAUAAGAUUCUGGAAGGCAAGAAGAAGUGGUUGGUCGGCAAAUCUUACACUGUCGCGGAUAUUAGUUGCGUAACUCUGGCCAGCAGUAUCUCUGUUCUGGUGGAUAUGGAUCAAUAUCCGAAUGUAAAGGCUUGGCUAAAAAGGUGCGAGGAAGAAAUAUCGAGCUACAAAGAAUGGAAUGUACCAGGGCUUAAAAAAUUACAUCCUCUUCUUAUUUCCGCACUCCCCAAAUCCUAAAUAUAUAAAAUAUACCUAUAUAUGUGUAUAUAUAUAUAUAU